UGAUGUCCACUGGCAAUGGUAAAGCAAGAAGGAGGAGGUGGCUCUGCGGGGAACAGGGAGGGACCUCCGGGGAAACGAAACUGAAACUUUGCAGCCCGAGUGGCAGGGGCGGGACGCGCUUUUGCCCCGUCCUGGCUGUGCAGCGUCCUCCAGCCCCAGUGAGCCAGACGCAGACAGCUAUGGCCUCCAGACCCUGCCAGCCGUCCCCACUCCUCGUGCGGCUGCCGAAGUCCAUCCCUGGGGCGCACCGGAAGCUGGAGAAGUAUUUCCAGAGCCGGGUAUCGGAUGGCGGGGAAUGCACUGUGCGACCGGUGGGCCCCAAGGACCCGGACACCUUCGAGGUGAAGUUCCUACAAAGGGCAGCUAAGGAGAGAGUGUUGAAAAAAGGAGAGCACAUGAUGAUGGUUGAUGAAAAGCCUGUGCCCAUUUUCCUGGAAAACAACAAAAAUCUAAUAGAGGAUCCAAGGCCCAGAGCUCCUUCCUUGACGUGGUCAGAAGCUGAGACACCGACAUCCAGAAUUUCUUCAAUACAGUUAGAAGCAGAGUGGCUGAGCUCCACGGUCUCUUCUUUGACACAGUUGGAAGCUGAGUCUCCAAGAUCUUCUUCCUUGACACAGUUAGAAGCUGAGGCUCCAAGAUCUUCUUCCAAGACACAGUUAGAAGCUGAGGCUCCAAGAUCUUCUUCCUUGACACAGUUAGAAGCUGAGGCUCCAAGAUCUUCUUCCAAGACACAGUUAGAAGCUGAGGCUCCAAGAUCUUCUUCCAAGACACAGUUAGAGGCAGAGUCGCUGAGCUUCACAGUCUUUUCCUUGACACAGUCAGAAGCUGAAAUGCCAUCUGAUGAGAAGCAUCCAAAUGAAGGGCCUAUUCUUAAUUCUGUUGACUCUGUUGUUCAAAAGAUUUUUCUUGCUGUGACAGCUGACCUGAACUGCAAACUGCUUUCCAAAGAGCAGAGAGCACAGAUAAGCACUCUUUGUCCUGAUGUCAUAAAAGUAGAGAGCAAUGAUGGGAUUGAGAAGGUGUGUGGCAACUUCAAGGAUAUUGAAAAGAUCUAUCACUUAUUGAGUGAGCAGCUCAUGGGAAGUGAAAAGAAACAGGAGUAUACCCCUUCAGCUGCAGAGAGGGACCCGACCGAUCAGGAAGACUGGGACAGCUACAUUUUCCCUCCUGAACCAAAAGCCGACUUAGAAGACAAAGAGAGCCGUUUUGAAGUUUCCUUGCCUUUCCUUGAAUACUUCAGACACACCUGUCCUGAAAAAAUUAAGUCCAUAGAGGAGAGAUUUGAUGUAAAUAUUGAAAUCCGAGACUGUUCUCCCAAUAUGGUCUCCAUAUACUUUGUCUCCAGGCAAUCAGGCAACUUAGAGGCAGCUCGUGAAUCUUUUGCUAGAGAGUUUCAGAAAUGCACUCAGCCCCUGAAGCAAGACUGUGUCUCUCUCCCAGACGCUAAGAGAGCAAGUGAAGUCAGACAGGAGUUGAGUCGCUGCUUUCCAAAGCUCCUGAUAAAGGAGCAAGGAGCGACGCUAACUCUCCUCGGGCCCCAAGAAGACCUUUCAGCUGCCAAAGACAAACUUGCUCAAAACUUUGUCAGAAGAUCUGUGAAAAUACUGACUUCUGGUUGCACUGCAGGAGUUGAAGUCGAUACUGCUCGCUUUAAGCUUCUAGAAACAGAAUUACUCCGGGAGAUAUCAGAGAUAGAACAAAAUUACAACACUUGCAGUAAAGUCCUAGAGAAAAAUCAGAAAACAUGCAUUCUGUUUGAACCCAGGGAUAAGAAGAUGGAUCUGUCCGUGCACUCAUAUGCAAGUUUCAUUGAUGCCUUCCAACAUGCCACCUGUCAGCUGAUGACAGAAGUUCUGUUACUGAACCCUUUGGGUAAGGAGAGAAAUCAAUUACACAAGACCAAAUUUGCUGAUGACUUUAUAAAAAGGCACCCUAACAUACACUUUGUGCUGGCCGGAGAGUCAGUGACUUUGACUGGUUUGCCAAAUCACCUUGCACAGGCAAAGCAGUAUGUCUUAAAAAGAAUGGGACUGUCACCAUCAUCUGGAGAGAAACUGAAUUUGGAUCAUGAAACACCCAUGGAUAUUGACAGGAAUGCUUCAAAAGCAGCUUUGCCUCCACCUGAGGGGUCUGCUAGUUCUGAGGCCUCCAAGGUGGAGAAGGAAGGUGAAGAGUGCGCCAUCUGCAUGGAUACCAUCACUGACAAGCGCGUGCUCCCAAAGUGCAAGCAUGCGUUCUGCACCCUUUGUAUCCACAAAGCCAUGUCCCUCAAGCCGGUCUGUCCUGUGUGUCAGACUUCCUAUGGUAUCCAGAAAGGGAAUCAGCCAGAAGGAACCAUGACUUAUUCCGUUUUAAGACAGUCACUUCCAGGUUAUGGACACUGUGGCACAAUUAUGAUUCGGUACAACAUGAGAAGUGGCACACAAACAAAAGAGCACCCAAACCCAGGAAAGCCUUAUGUGGGAACACAGCGAACUGCAUACUUGCCUGAUAAUCCAGAGGGAAGGAAAGUUUUGCAUCUGCUUCAGGUAGCCUUUCAUCAAAAGCUGAUUUUCACAGUAGGGUACUCACGAGUAACAGGAAUGUCAGAUGUUGUUACAUGGAAUGAUAUCCACCACAAAACAUCCCAGACCGGAGGACCAGAGCGUUAUGGCUACCCUGAUCCUCAUUACCUGGAACGAGUCCAAGAGGAGCUGAAGGCGAAGGGGAUUGAGUAAGGAAACUGCUGGAAGGAUGUCUUAGCAGCUUUUGGAAGAUGUAGACCUAAAUCUUUUUGUUCGAAAACCUUACAAAACUUUACAUGUCAAGAAACAGUUUCUAUGAAAGUACAAGUCUGCUAAUCUGUCAUUUCUAGAGUGUUGCUCUUUCACUGAAGGCAAAGAUAAAGGACGAGGACUGAGGAGAGGCACUGAGUCAGAAAAGUGCUUGCUGCACAACUAUGAGGAUGUGAGUUCGGAUCCUUAACAUCCAGGUGAAAGCCCAGUGUGGUGGCAUAUACCUGAAAUCCUCGUGAGUGGAGACAGGAGGAUCCCUGGAACUCACUGCUGGUCUAACCUAGCCAGGACAGUGAGCUCCAGGUUCAGAGAGACCCUGUCUGAAAAAAAAUAAGGUAGAGAGCAACAGAGGAAGAUGCCCAGUGUCAACCUUUGGCCUCCAUGUGCACAUACAUGCACAUACCCAAAGAAAAGCAGGGGGAAAAAAAGAUAAUGGGCUGUAUAAUUUUGCUCAAGAAAUCUGAUCUCAUUCUUGUGCUAUGGUUUGGGUGUGAGGUGGGCUUGAAACUACCUUUUAUCUCUCAGUUGAACCAUUAGUAACUAAUUGAACCCUUUAUCCCCCUCAUCUGUUUUUUGUUUUGAUUUGUUUUUGGUGCUGGCAAUUAAACCCAGGGCCAAUGAGUUCCACCCCAAGUCCUGUGAUCCUUUUCCAUUACUGGAGUUGUAUUUUGGUUGUUGGCUUGCCUUUUAAUCUCUGCCUGUGAAAGUGAAACCCUUGUGUAAAUAAGUAAUUAAAAUGGGCUUCCCUUCCCCCAAGAAAAGUGUCCAGGACAAUAGGCAAUCUUUGAUGAUAAAUAGAACAAUGGCUUUAUUUCUCACCACACAGUGCCUAGUAAACAGUUGGUGCUUAGCAUGUGUUUGUUACCUGACUCAAGUUGCUAGAAACUCAACAGAGGAAUCUAUAUUCUCUUAAUCUCUGACAGAAGGGAUGGGAAGCCUUUCUGGAGACCUUGGCACUCAUUUGAAGACUGAGUUUCUUAUCCUGGAGUGUUUCUUGGUUAAACUCUGAGCCUGUGACUUGGGCUCUUCCCUGAACCUUGGAACUUGCUCUGUGGGGUACACAGAAAUGCAAUAUGAUUUUUGAUAUCUUUUCCUACUGGUUAUGUUGCACUUCUGAGUAAGCUCUGUUUCCAAUGUAAACAGAUACAUAACCUUGCUUUAAUUUAACAUUUUAUAAUAACUAUAGCUCUAAUAUAAUAGGUUUCUAAAACUCCCUUUGCUAAUUCCUACCAAUUCAUGUUUUCUCACUUAAAAACUUUCUAAUCCCUUCUCUGGACUGCAAAAAAGGAGAGAAUCAAACCUAUUGUAAAGGUUACAUGACAUGUCAAAUUUUACUUUUAAGUAGUUCUCCAAAUCAGAAGAGAGUCACAAGUACAAAUCAUCUGUUAUCUGUGUUACUUUAAAAUGGUGCAUGAUAUUCAUGCACAUAAGAACUGUUUGACCAGACAAUACUAGCUACUAUUUAUUGAGUAUUUACUUUGUCCUCUUUAUAAAAGCUUUACAUUAGUGGGAAUAACACAACUAGCCUCAUCCUUUGAUCAAAAAUCUGAUGCAUAGGGCCUAGAGAAUUGACUCAGCAAUUAAGAGCACUUGCUGUUCUUCAGGAAGGACCUGGGUUCAAUUCCUAGCAUACACAUGGUUGGCUAACAACAAUCUGUAACUCCAGUUCCUAGGAAUCUGAUCCCCUCUUCUGGCCUCUGUGGGCACUGCACAGCAUAGGUGCACUUACAUACACACAGGCAAAGCACUCAUAUACAUAAAAUAAAAAUAAAGAUUUAUAUAAAAAAAGAAUCUGAUGCAUAGAGAGGAUUAGUCAACACUAAAGGUUGCAUAGUUAGUAAGGGGAAAAUGCUGCUUUUUGCUUCAGUUAAGAUUUUGAUUUUUCAAGACAGGAUGCCAUUAGCCCAGACUGGCCUCUCACUAUGUAGCCAAGGCUGGCCUUGAGCUCUGACCCUCCAGCCUCACUCCUGUCUCCAGGAUGGGAUACAGGUGCUGGGAAUACCACUACACAGGCUUGAAGUGCUGGCUCUUGGACCAGGUAGUGUGGUUCCAGGGCUUCUGCACCCCUGGGCUGCACUGCCUGCUAUGGUACAGGGGUGCUUUUCCAUGGAUCAGGCUGAGGAGUCCCUCUGUUCUGGGCUUCUUUCAGAAAUGGAUUCCUUCACAGUGCUCAAAGCAAAUUCAGGUAAGAAAGUCCUAUUUGAAUAGUGUGAAAACACAGGAUCUUUCCUUUGUCCAGAGUGCUAAGGACACAUAAACUAAAUGACAUCUUUUCUUAAAAAUGGUGCAUACUCUUAGGUUUGUUUGCUUUCUUGCUUGCUUUAGAUAGUCUCACUAUGUUACUCAGGCUGGACUUGAACUUGAGAUUCUCCUCCCUCAGCCUCCUAAGUAGCUGGAAUUACAGGUACACACAACACCGAAUUUUUAAAACCCAAUUUUUUGUUUUUGUCUUGUUUCUGAGACAAGGUCUUGCUCUGUAUCCCAGACUCAUCUUGAACUUGGAGUAAGUGCUAAGAGUGCAGGUGUCCACCACCUUGCGUGGCUUCUACAUCCAGUUUAUGCCUUUUACUUUUGAGGUUUCAUUAAGUUUUGAUUGUUAUGAUCAAUUGAUUAUUUUCUGUCUCCUAAUCGUGUAGCAAAUUUUGCUCCAAAGAAGCAAACAUUUGGUUUCUGUUAAGUUCUGAAUCUUAUAUCCCAUCAUGUGUGCCUGGGCAAGUUCAGUGGUGUGACUGGCUAGCGGGCACUUGGAUUAUUGAUUUUGCUCUUUGGAAGGUGUUAUCAUCUGCCUUAAAUAAAGUUUGAUCUUUAUUUAGAACAGA